AUGUCCAAAGCCAGCUCCAUCACCCAGUUGCUCCUCCCGGCAUUCGCAGACACGUGGGAGCUGCUGAAGGGUGUCAUGGAGAGGGAGUCUGGGACCCUGUGUCAGGUCUUGCACUUCUGGCUUUUCCUGGGCAUCUACCUGUCUGUCCUCCUAGGCAACAGUCUCAUCAUCACUGCUGUAGCCUGCGAGCAGUACUUCUUCCUCCUUAACCUCUCCUUCCUCGACCUAGGCUUCAUCUCCACCAUUGUCCCCAAAUCCAUGGCCAAUUCCCUGGAAACAAGGGCCCUGUCUUACUCAGGAUGUGCUGCCCAGGUCUUUUGCUUUUCCCUUUUGAUAUCAGCAUUUUCUUUUCUCACCAUCAUUGCCUACUACUGUUACGUUGCCAUCUGCAAACCCCUGCACUAUGGGACCCUCCUGGGCAGCAGAGCUUGCGCCAAAAUGAUAGCAGCUGCAUGGGGCAGUGGUUUUCUCAGUGCUGGGCUUCACAUUGCCAACACAUUUUCAAUACCACUCUUCCAAGGCAAUGCUGUGGACGAGUAUUUCUGUGAAAUCCCCCCGAUCCUCAAGCUCUCCUGCUCAGACUCCUACCUCAGGGAAGUUCAGCUUCUUGUGAUUAGUGUCUGUUUAGCAUUUGGGUGUUUUGUUUUCAUCGUGCUGUCCUACUUGCAGAUCUUCAGGGCUGUGCUGUGGAUCCCCUCCGAGCAGGGACAGCACAAAGCCUUUUCCACGUGCCUCCCUCACCUGGCCGUGGUCUCCCUGUUUAUCAGUACUGGCAUGUUCACCUACCUGAAGCCCCCUUCCAUCUCCUGCCCAUCCCUGGAUCUUGUGGUCGCAGUUCUGUGUGCAGUGGUACCUCCAGCAGUGGACCACUCCCUCAUCUACACCAUGAGGAACAAGGAUCUCAAGCAUGCCAUUAGGAAAGUGAUUUCAUGGAUGUUUCUCAGUCAUGAUGACCUUCCCAUCACUCUCUAUAAAUUACUACCAUUCUAG